AUGUUCGGUGCCCAGACCUUAAACGCGACUCUCGAGAAUGGUACACCGUACACAAACGACUCGAGGCUGGAGGUGGCAGUUCACGGAAAUCCAAACGUCGCCACAACCAUCGUGAGCCUUAAAGAUUACCUCACUGGCUCACAAAGGAAGAGGCUCUCAAGGAAGAACAACCCGUGGGUCAGCAAAAAGAACCAUACAGAUCAAUAA